ACAAAUUAUGCACUACACAGAGGGGCAUACGCUUCUGUGUUUAUCUUCUGCAGAAGUGCAGGCUAAUUUUGUAUGGAGGAAAAUAAACAAUAAAAAUGUAAACCAGAAAUUAACAGCGGCUGCUGAGGAGAUAUUUGGGGUCGUUGAAAAAACGAUAGCAGAGUACCAGGUAGACGUUUUUCGUACGAAAGAGGAGAACGAACGUCUUCGUGGGCUGUUGAUGUUGCAUAGAGGAGUGUCAGACUGCCAUCGGCAGGCUGAAGCUACUAUCACUUUGGUGCAGGUUGCCCCAGAGCAGCAGCAGUCAUGUACUCAAGAGUGGGGCCUCCAUCUAAGACAGGAGGACCCAGAGCCCACAGUGUCACUAUGUAAAGAGGAAGACGAUACCCACUGGAUCAGUGAGGUUGAAGAGCACAUUCAAAGGCUGAAGUCUGAUCCCAAAGACCCAGACCAAGUAUCCACUUCUGAAGAUUUCACAUUCCAAAUGGAGACAGAAGGGUCAGUAAACGAAGCCAUCAAACUGAAAGUUAUCCUCAACGACAACAGAAUAGAGAAAGUGAUUCUGCCCUCAACCUGACUCACUGAAUGAGCUGAUAUCAACGCUCAAGGAGAAACUGCAUCUGAAUUUUGAUUUUUGUCUUUUUUAUGAAGACCCUGAUUUCAACAACGAGCUCUUCAACUUAGAGACCAUUGAAGACUUGCCUUCUCCUAGGGCUACGGUGAAAGUUUUGCGAAUACGACGUGAUACAGACCUCGGUUUAACCGGAGUCUCAGCCACCGAGUUACAGGCCGCCCCACCAGAGCGGCUAGGCAGGUGGCCUGAGGUAUUUGUCAUACCCACUUUCUCGAUGGAGGUUGAGUUUGCUCUGAGAGAGGGCAAUUGUGCAUAUCUGAGACAUGAAACGGUGCUGAAAAUAACAAGGGAUCAAAAACGCAUAGGAUGGCUUGGAUAAUCUUCAAUUUCAAAGCGUACCCAAGUGACAGGAAGUUUGCCAAGGCAGCUGAGGCCCUUGUAACCAAGCACCCAUGUUUGAAAGAGCCUGGCUCAAAAACAGGCUGUGAUGGCUGGAAGAACAGCCUGAAAUUCAAAAUGGGAAACUACAGGCAGAAGUUACGCCGUGUUGGGUUCCCAGAGGUUGCUGUGAACGGGUGGAGGAGGAGCAAGCAUUGUCCUGACAAUGAGCACACUCGGAGCAACAUUAAAAGAGCACGCCGGGCAGAGGUGAACUUCCUGCCCAACUUCCCUCAAGGAGAAGAUGAGGCCAGCCUGGAGAAACAGAGACUGGAGAUGGUCCACGAGAUGACGAAAGAAAACAGAGACCUGCCACUCAUCAAUCAACACAUGCAGAAGACAUUUGCUCUCCGACGCCAAGAAAUAGUUCAAUCCAGUCCCACGGUAGAGCAUCUCAGAACACGCUGGCCAGCACUCUUCCUCGAAGCUCAGGUACAUGCUGAGUUUCAGAGAAUCACCAAUCAGAGCCUGCAGCAGACGUUCUACUCUGCCUUGGACCACCACACGCCCCGCCUGCUGACCCUGUUCAGGGAGGAGGAGGGGAAGUCCACCACCCAUCCAUGGAGGGAAGUUUUCAAGCAUCCUGAGAGUGUACAACGAGCAGUUCACUUCACAGGGAGAAAAUAACAUCACUGUGGCCCGUUCUGCAGUCCUGGCUGGUCUCCCUUUGUUGUUAUGAGAGGAUAGUUCUGAUGGUUGUGCUGGUCUUCAAAAUCUGCGAGGUGGGAGAACUCAGCAACCCUGGUAUUCUGGAUGGAGUUUCCAUUCUCUCAGUGGUGGGCCAGCACAAUGAGGUGGUGGGUGGUAUACCCAUCAGACCGGCCCAUAUGUAUCCAUUGUCCUUGAGGAUAAGAUCGUCAUGACUAACUCCCGCUCCUGGCCAGACGCUCUCGUGGUUGUUUUUGGGCUACUCUACUCCCUCCAUCUGAACUACCCCAAAGCCCUGGGCAGCACCUUUGAGUUCAUGCAGAAAGUCUUCCUGAACCUCGACGAUGGAAAACUGAAGCCCAAGCUGCUAGCGCUGAAAAAUGAACUGUUGGCCUAAUUCUGUAGUGAUGAGAUGGAAUUUUACUUUGAGUGAUCUCCUAUAUGCGGAGUGAGUGAUUUGAAAACAAUGGUUAUUUUUAUUUACUUUUUAUAUUGUUGUACCUUUUUUGUGCAGGUAAUGGAUUUGAUAUUGUAUUUCAAUGAACUUAUAACCCUUUUAUGUGAAAAGAAGACACAGGUCAGUCAACACAUUAACUUGCCACAUACAGUCGAUCUGCGACCCAGUUCUCUACCUUCGUUAUACAGCUGCAGAAAACCCCCAAAUGUUUUCUAGAAGAUUUCACCUUUGCAGACAAUCCAACUGUCAAAAAAAUACAUGUUGAUAAAAUGUUUAUUAAAGUGUCUUUACCUGCUA